AUGGAGCUACUUCGCAACAAGGUUAUCGUCGUUACAGGCAGUUCGUCUGGUAUCGGGCGUGCUAUAGCAACACGUUGCGCCCAGCAAGGAGCAGCAGUAGUGCUUCACCAUCUCGGUACCUCGCAAACACAACAAGAUGCAGAAUCCCUGAAACAGUCGCUGGGACCAGUUACGAUGGACGGAUCGCAAACGUCACAUCUCAUCGUAGGCGCAGACCUUACCUCCGAUUCCGCUGCAGACAGCCUCAUCUCCCAAACAAUCUCAGCCUACGGCCGUAUCGAUGCCCUAGUCAACAACGCCGGGAUAUGUCAAUUCGCCCCUGCAGCCUCUGUAACGAAGACAUUGUUGCAACGACAGAUGGACGUCAACUAUACAGCCGCGUACCUUCUCACCCAGGCCGCCUCAAAACAGAUGGCCGACCAAGGUACUGGGGGAAGCAUCGUCUCCAUUUCCUCCAUUACAGCAGUGAGAGGCUCGUCGAACCUCACUCAUUACGCACCGACCAAGGCUGCCCUGCUGGCGAUGUCAAAAUCGAUGGCCGUUGAAUUUGGGAAAUACGGGAUCAGAUACAACUCCGUCCUUCCUGGCACGAUCCAAACGACUAUGAAUGCCGCUGAUCUCGCGGGAGGGGAGAAGAAGGCCUGGCUGGAAAGUCAAGUUCCUCUGGGGAGACUGGGAGAGCCCGAUGAUGUUUCUGGUGCUGUGUUAUUUCUGGCCAGUGAUCUGGCGAAGUAUGUAACUGGGGAGCAGAUUCUGGUAGAUGGGGGUGCAGCGAUUUAUUAUCAAUAG